AUGAGUGGUACAAUAUAUCGCCCGUUAGUUGUGCGAGAAGCAGAUAUUACUAUAGCGAACAGAAUCGCAGCACAACUUGGUUUUCAAACUGAUAAUGGAGAGCUAGCAGUACAAUAUCUAUCAAAAGUACAUCCGCAUUUAGUUAUUAAAGCUUCUUUAGAUUUAGGAAUACAUUUCCGUCCAUGUGUAGAGAAAAUAUUUGAUGGAAUCGAUCCACUAAUAACAAAUUAUCCAGCCAAUAUGUCUAUAAGGAGAUCUAUUCCUAUUAUGAUGGGAUACUGCGACUCUGAGACCAUGUUCCGUUAUCACGACAAGGAAACAUUUAGUAGAAAUAUAUUUGACCUGUAUAUUAACUCUACUUACGAUUUAGGCGAUGACGUGGACGUCGGUAAUAUAGUGAAACAAUUCUAUUUAGGUGACAAGGAAAUAUCUAUAGAAGUCAUAAACGAAAUAAGCGCCUUUGAUUCAGAUUUUAAUUUUGUUCAUCCAAUCCAAACUAGAAUUAAAGAAUUAUUAUCACACGGAUCAACAGUUUAUCAUUACAUGUUCACAUAUUCUGGUGACAGAAAUUUCGUUAAGAAGAGAUGUAAAAAUAAACUAAAAGGAGCAUGUCAUGCUGACGAUAUUGCAUUUUUAUUUGACAUAUCAUAUGAAGGGAAACCAACGGACAGAGAUCAAUUAAUGAUUAAUAGAAUGACGAGUUUGUAUGCAAAUUUUGCUAAAUUCGGAAAUCCUACUCCAAAGAUAUCAAAGCUCCUACCAGUUGAAUGGCUUCCAGUGAAACAAGACUUAUCCUGUUUUGUAAUAGGGGAUGAACUGUCGCACUCAAUGCGUCCAUUCUACGAUAGAAUGUCGUUUUGGGAUUUAUUUUGCGAAUUUUACAAAAAUAAACUAAAAUAUUUCAAGGUAAAUAAAAACGACAAAAUGAUGAAUGAAAAGAAUAAUAAACAUAACAAUUUAUAA